AUGACUCUCGGAGGCAUCCCUUUUGAAUGGGACCGGAGCAUCCAGGUGGUCUGGGGCUCAGCAUCAUCCUCAGCUCAGGGGAGGCUCAGGGCUACAGCUCUGGGAGCAGGAGACGCGGUCCUGAUGCUGCUGAGGCAGGUCUUGCUUCUUUGCUCAUGGCUCCUGAUGCCAGCUGUCUCUAUGUCGGGUAGCCAAUGCUCCUUGCGCAGGGACUACUCACGGAGCUACUACACAGAUGGGGACCUGGUGAUUGGAGCUGUCCUAGCUCUGAAUGUGUUUGAGGGAUAUCUACCAGAAUUCAACAGAUAUCCCUUUUGGCUUGAUAAGACAUAUGCCCACAUUUCCAAACAUAACCAGCACGUCCUGGCCCUGGUGUUUGCCGUAGAGCAGAUCAACAAAGACCCCAGCCUCCUGCCCAACGUCUCCUUGGGAUUCCACAUCUCCGACAAUUUAUUCAGGGAGAAGCUGGCCGUGGAGCAGUCUCUGGUCCUGCUCUCGGGCGCGGGCCGGACAGUUCCCAAUUACAGCUGCGAGGGGCGGCAUAAAUUGGUGGCCGUCAUCGGGGGAAUCAGGUCUACCUUGUCCGUUGCCAUGGCCAACGUCAUCGGAUUCCACAAGUUCCCCCAGCUGACAGGGCUGAAACACAAUUUGUACAGCGCUGUGUAUAGUGUGGCAUGCUCGCUCCAUGAAAUGCUUUUGUCCAGGUCAGAAAUGCAAACGUCUGGGCCAGAGGAAACAAUGGUACCCCCUCCGUGGCUGCUCCACUCCUUCCUGAGACAGAAACCGUUCAACGUCAGCAUUGGGGACCAUCAAGAUAUUUAUGGAAGCACUGAAUCAGUCCCGAGUUAUGAUAUAUUGAAUUUACAGACAUACAAUUUUCUCGAGUGCCUGCGAGUGAAGGUCGGAGAGUUUAAACCUCAGGCAUCUAUGGGAAAUGAUUUGAUCAUUAAUGAGGAGGCCAUUGUAUGGAACUCAGGAUUCUAUCAGACCCCUCAGUCAACGUGCAGUGAGAGCUGCCUCCCUGGAUUCCAGAAAACAGCUCGGGAGAGGAAGGCCAUCUGCUGCUAUGAUUGUACCCCGUGCCCCAAGGGUGAGAUCUCCAACCAGACAGACGCGGCUCAUUGUUCGAAGUGCCUUGAUGAUGACUAUUCCAAUGAGCAGAGAGAUGACUGUCUCCCCAGAGUCACGAUUUUUCUCUCUUUCGACGAGCCACUGGGGAUUGUCCUGGUUUCUACAGCUCUUUCCUUCUCCCUGAUUACAGUCCUGACCUUGGGGAUCUUUAUCAAGUACCGGGACACGCCCAUCGUCAGAGCCAACAACCGCGGCCUCAGCUACGUCCUCCUCGUGUCCCUCACGCUCUCCUUCCUCUGCUCCCUCAUCUUCAUCGGCCGUCCCAGUACAGCGUCCUGCCUCCUCCGACAAACUGCCUUCGGGAUCAUAUUCUCCGUGGCCGUGGCUUCGGUGCUGGCCAAAACCAUCACAGUGGUCCUGGCCUUCCGGGCCACCAAGCCAGGGAGUAGGUUCCGGGGAUGGAUGGGUCCCCGAAUAUCUACCUUUGUCGUCCUCAUCUGCUCCCUGAUCCAAGUGACCAUCUGCGGGGUCUGGUUGGGGACCGCUCCCCCUUUCGCUGACUUCAACACACAAGCUGAAUUUGGCCACAUUGUUCUUGAGUGCAACGAGGGCUCCAUCACUGCAUUCUCCUGCGUCCUGGGCUACAUGGGCUUCCUGUCCCUGGUCAGCUUCACGGUGGCUUUUCUGGCACGGAAUCUGCCGGACACCUUCAACGAGGCCAAGUUCAUCACGUUCAGCAUGCUGUUGUUCUGCAGCGUCUGGAUCUCUUUCCUGCCCACCUACCUGAGCACCAAGGGCAAGGCCAUGGUGGCCGUGGAGAUCUUCUCCAUCUUGGCCUCCAGCGCUGGGCUCCUGGGAUGUAUCUUUGGACCCAAGGUCCAUGUGAUCUUGCUGAGGCCAGAAAGGAAUACCCGGGACCAGUUAUUGAGGAAACCCAAUUGUAUUAACAAAUUUACAUGA